GUCUUUGCAACGCUGGCAAAAUGCUGACAGCAUCACCCGUCGUAGUCCGCAGCUCGUGUGCGCGCAAACCACGUCUGCAAAUGUGCGCGAGCACGCAGGCCGGCAUGAAGGUGGUUGUCCAGCGGCAACCGAGCGAAAAUGUGCUUGAGGCCAAAGGUGUGCGUCGCUGGCCCACCUGGGGAUGCGGCGUGAGCAAGUUCCCUUGGACUUAUCAGGAGAGUGAGACAUGCUACAUCCUGGAAGGCAAGGUGGUCGUCACACCAAACGGUGGGGAGGCUGUGGAGAUUAAUGCAGGUGAUAUGGCGACCUUCCCGGCUGGGAUGUCGUGCAUUUGGGACGUCAAAGCCCCCAUCAACAAGCACUACAACUUCCACUGAACGCGAGAGGGCAAUGAGGCACGAUGGGGCGUGGUUGCCGCCGGUGCUACACUUCCUGUCUGGCGUGGCUGCCUCAUGCUGUCAACCAUAUAAAUGUAGCCUCGACAACGUAUAUAUGUGCGAUCAGGAGGCUGCCCCUGGACUUAGGGCUGGAUGUGUAUGUCUGCAAUACGUUCAUGGCUGUGUGUGUAUGUAUGUAUGUAAAUAAAGUCAGCUGACCUGUUACGGCUGGCCUGGUGGACAGGGUCACAGGCCAACCUGCUGGCGGCCACAGGGAAGCUUCCUUUUUUUCCCUUUUUAGGCCUGGCCAGGAGGUGGGAAUGGCUUUGUUGCAUUUCCUAUUCAUUUUACCUUGUUAUUUACUUUAGCCUUUGCUAACGAGGCCUACAAUCCUUGAAAUGGAGAACGUUUU